AUGGGGUUCAAGACUUGCGGCCCGAACAAGGCCAUCGUUAAGACCGGUCUCGGCCUGUCCGAGCCGAAAAUCAUCCAUGGAGGCUACUGCUUUGUGUGGCCCUGCAUCCAGGAGAUCAGCCUCCUGGACCUGCGCCUCAUGACUUUGGAGAUCACCUCGCCCCUGGUGUACACCAAGCAGGGUGUGCCGAUUUCGGUGAACUCCAUUGCCCAGGUCAAGAUCGACAGCAAGCCCGAGUCGCUGAAGCUCGCGGCCCGGAACUUCCUCGGCAAGACCCUGCGCGAAAUCGGCACCGCGGCCGACCACACGCUGGAGGGCCACCAGCGCGCCAUCGUCGGUACCCUUUCUGUGGAGGAGGUUUUCCAGAACCGUGAGAGCUUCGCCUCCGAGGUGUCCCGGGUCGCCGCGCAGGACCUCGAGGAGAUGGGCCCGGCGCUCGGGCGCGCAUGCGCGUAA